AUGGCAGAGCCAGUGGUCACCCUCGACGGUGCGAACAAGGUGAUGAGGUGGUGUUGGAUGGCGGAUUGGCGCUGCUUCGUGCCAGUCUGGUUCCCACAGAUCAAGCAAGAGUUGGUCGAGUCGUUCUCCCACCUGCGCAGCGCCUUCACCGACGACGAGGCUCAGACAGCCAUCAAGCCGUUCGCGACCGAGCGCGGUGAGCGGCAGUGGCUCUACAACGAAGACCCAGACAUCGGCGAUGAGUUCCCUGAUAACGGCUGGGUCGUCAACAAGAAGACGGCGAUCGCCGUCGUCGUGGAUUGGCCGACAGGCCCGCUCGCGCGCGAUCAGAAGGGCGGCGACGGCGACGGCGACAAGCAGGGCAACGACUCCGCCACCGACGGCAACAAGCAGAAGGGCAGCGGCUCCGCCAACGACUGGUACGACGAUCAGUACGGCUACAAGAAGGAAUACGACGACUACAAGAAGCAGUACGACAGCGAGUACAAGGAGCGCUUGGACGACCUUGAGACUGCGGGGAAGACGAGCGCAGGAGGGCUUGACCCAGGGUUACGGCUCGUUGUGACCAAGAAGGCGUUCAAGACGAUUUCAUCGAAGAUGAUCGAGGAUGCAGUGGAGAAGGCGUGCAAGGCGGGUUUCAGGUCGGCCAUCAAGAUUGCCCAGGACCAGCAGCUGAACGAGUGCUCGCGCGAGUCUGGCAACUCGAGCACCUCGUGGCUCCACGCGAGCGCCAGCUGA